GUGAACAUAGUUGUGGGCACCGGUCAAGGGGUACGACUGUUCCCCCAACGGGUAUACGAAGUAUCAGUGAUGGAGAAUCAAUUGACUCCACUUCAGUUGAUUGACUUGAACUCGACCGACGAGAUCGCACACAGGACUUCACAUUACAGUAUUGUGGGCACCGAUUAUAGGGGGUUAUUUAAAAUCGGUGCCGAAACGGGACGUCUUGUCGUUACCCGAAGUCUGGAUCGGGAGAAGAAAGAUGUCUAUAAUUUAAAAAUUAGAUCCGAAAAUCUGAUACACCAUAGGGUGGGUCGGGAUGUGAGCAGUCACUCAUCUGAUUCCAACUAUCACUUGGCAUUUGAUGAGACACUAGUGGUGGUCAACGUUCACGACGAGAACGACAAUCCACCCGUCUUUGAGAAUAAGGGCCGACCAAUUGUGGCCGCCGUUCCUCUUGAAGCCGCGUUUGGCUAUCAAGUCGUUAAAUUAACUGCAAAAGAUGCCGACAUAGGAAUUAAUGGUGCGAUUCGUUACGAAAUCCUAGCCCGCGGUGACGACGCGUCAGCCAAGUUCCACAUCGACCCCGUGUCGGGUGUCGUCAGAUCUAUGGUAACCUUUACUAUGGAUGGCGGAAAGCUCUAUGGCUUUGACGUAAAAGCCACUGACAGAGAGGGCAGCGAAACUGGCAAUUCUGCCGUCACUAACAUAUUUAUCUAUGUAUUGCCCGAAACAAAGAUGAUUUUAUUCGUGGCCGACAAAGAACCCAUUCAUGUCGAGAAGAAGUCGCCAGAAAUUUUGAAUUAUUUAACAAACAUAACGGGCUUUGAAGUAAAAAUGGCAAAACUGGGUCCGCAUACGGAGGGAGAGCUUCAAGAGCCUCACGCGACAGACAUAUUUUUAUAUGCCGUCAAUCCUGAGACUAAUGAUAUCGUAGACACUGAGACACUAUUAGAUGUUUUCCGUCAAAACUCGCAAUCAAUUGUAGAUAACUUAAGGAAUUAUAAGAUACGGCGAAUCCAAGGGGUGACCGUUCAGGAGAAAAUCAGUCAAAUGGGCGCCACAGAGAUCGCAAUCAUAGCCCUCUCAUCAGUCAUAUUCUUGGGCACAGUUCUGGCCAUUGCUCUCCUCUGCUCCUCUUGUAAAGAAAGAAAAUUACGUCAAAGACAGAGCUCUUGGGAACAGCAAAGGCUCUACAGCACUAAAAAUCCAUUAAUGGGCAAAACAUUAGGCAAUCCGUACGGCAAUCGAGGGGUUCCGGUGGGCAACGGCCACACGAGCUCCACCUAUUCCACGGGUGAUUGUGUGGGAGACUACGGGGACAGUUUGGCCUCAUAUAAGCGGAACAGUACCCGACCGGGCAGUCGCUCGAAUGUGAUGAACAAAUCCCGACAACAGGUUCCUCCCGACGGCGCCUCUUCGCUCAAUCCUCCCCGAAGUCCGCGAUUCUCCGAUCGAUACAAACAAAGUCGAGAGAAUCUGAGUGGAGGUGUGGGUGCCGUCACCACAAUCGCCGACUCAUCGCACGACUGGUACGAUCCCAAAGACGCCGUCGGCUCUGUGGGAUCGGGUUUCUCUCGAGGCUCGGGUCGAUCGGCGAGAUCUGGAUAUAGCGGCACGAGUUGGUCCUCAAGGAAGUCGAGGAAUUCUGAAGAGAUCACUCCCGUAGGGGCACAGCUUUAG